GCGAGGACAGCUGGUAUUUGGGCUCUCAAACAGACCGGAGCACUUCAUUAUCCUCGUCCCUUUACUUUUUUCGUGUACACCCUCCUUGCCUCAUCCCGUUACUGCUGCUCUCUGAUGACGCCCUGCCCACAGCUUCCCCCCUCUGGUCAUGUGUGCAGUUUUCAUUUGCUGUGGAGCAGUUUAUUUUUUUCUCCAGCCAGAACAGACCAAAAACACAUACUCAGACACGGAGGAUCGGGGACAGUGGAAGCGCCUGGAGAAUUUGUUAUGUGGCGAGGUUGUCUGCUGAUGCCUGGUGACCUCUUCCCCUUCCCGGUUUCGUUCUGUAAAUGUGACUCGGGCGAAAGAAUGCAAUGGAAGAUUUUGAAGGAAUUUGUGCAGGAGCGUUGAUCCCAGCGAUACUUCUGCGUGUAGCCUAAUCCUACACAUGCCCAGCAGGUGUCUUGGUCUAAAUGGGUCCCGUCAUGCCUCCCAGUAAGAAACCGGAAGGGUCCGGUAUCAGCGUAACCAGUGGCCUGAGCCAGUUCUACCAGGCCAGCCCCCUCACCAAGGCCAUGCAGGACGAGGAGGAGAUGGACCUCAAACCACCCACCAUCAAGCUGGAGAAGGGCAACCUGGAGGACGAAGAGCUCACCAACCUGAACUGGCUCCACGAGAGUAAGAACCUGCUCAACAGUUUUGGGGACUCGAUGCUGCGGAGCGUGAGUCCCGUCCAGGAGCUGGACGACGACACCCCCCCCUCACCCGCCCAGUCCGACCUGCCCUAUGACGCCAAGCAAAACCCAAACUGCAAGCCCCCCUACUCCUUCAGCUGCCUCAUCUUCAUGGCCAUCGAGGACUCGCCUUCCAAGAGACUUCCCGUUAAGGAUAUAUACAACUGGAUUCUCGAACAUUUCCCCUACUUUGCCAAUGCUCCCACAGGGUGGAAAAACUCGGUCCGGCACAACCUGUCCCUCAAUAAGUGUUUUAAGAAAGUGGACAAAGACAGGAGUCAGAGUAUUGGGAAGGGUUCCUUGUGGUGCAUAGACCCAGAAUACAGACAGAAUCUAAUUCAAGCAUUGAAGAAGACACCUUAUCAUCCUUACUCCCAGGUGUUUACCACACCCCCUGCUUCUCCUCAGGCAUAUCAAAGCUUGUCCAGCCCUCCUCUUUGGCCAGGGGGUCCCUUCUUCAGAAAAAACGGAGGAGUCCUUUUACAAGAUCCUGAAAUUGAUGCUGCUGCAACCAUGAUGCUUUUGAAUUCGCCUGACCUCCCAACUUUUCUCCCUCAGGGAGUGAUCCAGAAUGGUGCCAGGAUGAUGGGGCAGAGCAUGUUCCCAGGAAUCAGACCCCUUCCCAUCAACCCUAUCGGGAGCAGGACGGCCACAGUGAGGUCAGUCCUGGGUGGGUACAGAAUGCGCAGCGACAGUGAGCCCUCCUGCGACUCCCCGCUGGUCAGCAGCGACCCCAAGGAGGAUCACAACUACAGCAGCGCCAAAUCUUCCAGCCUCCGCGGCGGGGGCGCCUCACCCAGCUCCGCCCCAGGGGAAGAGGCGCCCCGAGAGGGCAGCGAGGCCAGCUUCCACUACAACGACACCAACAGCGACACGGAGGACGAUGACAAGGGCAAGAUCAAGAAGGAGCCCAAGGACUUGGCCCUGGACGCCGUCUCCCUGGCCCAGCACAAGAAACGGCAACAUUUGACAAAAGCCAAACAGAAAGUGUCCAGCGAUACGCUGCCCCUAAAAAAACGGCGCACGGAGAAGCCUCCCGAAAGCGACGACGAGGAGAUGAAGGAGGCGGCCGGGUCCCUCCUGCACCUGGCAGGGGUGCGGGCCUGUUUAAACAAUAUCACCAAUCGGACGGCAAAGGGGCAGAAAGAGCAAAAAGAUUCUAUGAAAAACUAAGACUGAAUAAAGAAAAAAAACAUCACUUUUAAUAGAA